CGGGCUGUUUCGCACACCACACCUCGGGGAGGGAUUUUUCCUCUUCCCCUUAGGACAAACACACUGAUUUUAAGGCUCUAAAGAUGUGUGCCAAAUAUGAAGGAGGAUUUUGACAACAUGAAUAAUGCCAGAGUUUUAGACCGGCAUCUGUAUGCUGGAUUCUUCAGAACCUUUCACCCAGACAAUGGAAGAUGGUGCUGCCCCACUGGUGUCUGCUAUGGCUGCUGUUACCUCUCGCCUCAAGGACCCAAAAGCUGCCCACUCGUGAUGAGGAGCUUUUCCAGAUGCAGAUCCGAGACAAGGCAUUUUUUCAUGACUCCUCAGUCAUUCCAGAUGGCGCUGAAAUUAGCAGUUAUCUCUUCAGAGAUACACCAAAAAGGUAUUUCUUUGUGGUUGAAGAAGACAAUACCCCAUUGUCAGUCACAGUGACUCCCUGUGAUGCGCCUUUGGAGUGGAAGCUGAGUCUCCAGGAGCUGCCUGAGGAGACCAGUGGGGAAGGCUCAGGUGACCCUGAACCUCUUGAGCAGCAGAAGCAACAGAUCAUUAAUGAGGAAGGCACAGAGCUGUUCUCCUACAAAGGCAAUGAUGUGGAGUAUUUCAUCUCUUCUAGCUCUCCAUCUGGCUUAUAUCAACUAGAACUUCUUUCAACAGAGAAAGACACACAUUUCAAAGUGUAUGCUACCACCACUCCAGAGUCAGAUCAGCUAUACCCUGAAUUACCAUAUGACCCCAGAGUAGAUGUGACUUCCCUGGGACGCACCACAGUCACUUUGGCCUGGAAACCGAGCCCCACAGCCUCUUUGCUGAAACAACCCAUCCAGUACUGUGUGGUCAUCAACAGAGAACACAAUUUUAAAAGUCUCUGUGCAGUGGAUGCAAAGCUGAGUGCCGAUGAUGCUUUCAUGAUGGCCCCAAAACCUGGACUAGAUUUCAGCCCCUUUGACUUUGCCCAUUUUGGAUUUCCUUCAGAUAAUCUGGGUAAAGAGCGCAGCUACCUGGCAAAGCCUUCUCCAAAAUUGGGGCGCCAUGUCUACUCGAGGCCCAAGGUUGACAUUCAGCAGAUCUGCAUAGGAAACAAGAACAUCUUCACCGUUUCUGAUCUGAAACCUGACACACAGUACUACUUUGACAUCUUCGUGGUCAACACCAACAGCAACACGAGCACUGCUUAUGUGGGUACCUUUGCCAGGACCAAGGAAGAAGCAAAACAGAUGACUGUGGAGCUCAAAGAUGGGAAAGUGACAGAUGUAUUUGUUAAAAGGAAGGGAGCAAAGUUUCUACGGUUUGCUCCAGUGUCUUCUCACCAAAAAGUAACCAUCUUUAUUCACUCUUGCCUGGAUGCCAUCCAAAUCCAAGUGAGAAGAGAUGGGAAACUUCUUCUGUCUCAGAAUGUGGAAGGCAUUCGGCAGUUUCAGCUGAGAGGAAAACCUAAAGCAAAGUAUCUCAUUCGACUGAAAGGAAACAAGAAAGGAGCAUCCAUGUUGAAAAUUCUAGCCACCACCAGGCCUAGUAAGCAGUCAUUUCCCUCUCUUCCUGAAGAUACGAGAAUCAAAGCCUUUGAUAAGCUCCGUACUUGUUCUUCAGCCACGGUGGCCUGGUUGGGCACCCAGGAGAGGAACAAGUUCUGCAUCUACAAAAAAGAAGUAGAUGAUAACUACAAUGAAGACCAGAAGAAAAGAGAACAAAACCAAUGCCUAGGACCAGAUAUGAGGAAGAAAUCUGAAAAGGUCCUCUGUAAAUAUUUUCACAGCCAGAACCUGCAGAAAGCAGUGACUACAGAAACCAUUAAAGAUCUUCAGCCCGGAAAAUCUUACCUGCUGGAUGUUUAUGUCAUAGGACAUGGGGGACACUCAGUGAAGUAUCAGAGUAAAAUUGUGAAAACCAGGAAAUUCUGUUAGUCACCUUGUGUAGAGAUAUAUUACAUAGAACUCCAGGAAGGAUUUUAAAUCACUUUACCUAUAGACUGACUACUCCCACAACUGAGAGAAGUUGUGACCUGUACAAGUUGUGAGCUAUGGAAGGAAGGAUAUCAUCAUGUGUAUGUUGAUGUUUAUAAAAACUUGGAGGAGACUUAUUCUAGUGUACCCCUGUGGUACCUAGUGUGUUUGAUGCCAUUGAUGUCAAAGAUAGAGGACAUCUUGAAGGAACUGCCAUCCCUUGCUUUGACCACUGCAUGAACUGCUUCUAAAUUAUUUUAUUACCUAAAAAUUUAAAAUAUGCCAUUCAUUGCACACAUCCACAAAUGCAAAACAUUCCUCUCUAUAGAUGCUAGGAUAUAUAUAAAUUAUUUUAUAAAGUUUUGUUUUAAAUGUCAGUGUCUCUAUGAUUGUAAACUAUUAAAUUCUUUUCCUGUUAAAGUACAGAUCUAAUCUAAGUAUUAUUAAGUGGGCAGCCCUCUAGUCAGUUAUAUUGCUAUUGUAAAUUCUUAUUUGUUGAGUAAAAUGUUUAAAUACUAUAUGUAUCUCAUGUACAAAGUUGACAUGCAUUAUAUUCAUGUACAUAAAAUUAAAGAUAUUAGAUUAUA